UCCAUGUUCCAUGUUGUUUGACUGACACUGUUGUAUUGCAGUGCGGGGUGACGGUAAACUCGCGUUCCGUCGGCGCUUUUCAGUGAAAAUACACGGUGCAUCGGGCGAAUCGGCGCCCGCGAGCUGUUCGCCGACUGCGUCUGCACGAUGGCCAGCUGAUUCGGCCGUCGUUGGCCGCUGAAAGGAAAAUAAACGCGGACGAGGGAGCGAACGAGAAGGAGAAAUGACGCUGCGUCGGCUCUCUCUGCUGCUACUGCUGCUCGUCAAUGGACUCCGCGCCGACGACGAGAGCUUGUUUCUGAAGAAGCCACUGGACAUGACCGUGCGGACCGGAGGCGUCGCCAACUUCUACUGCCAAACACAGCCCGGAGUCGAGAUUCACUGGCGAAAAAAUAAUAAAAAGAUCAAUCCGACCCAGGCUCGGUACCAAACGUACAUCGACACCAGCACUGGACACUCGAUCCUGCGCAUCCAGCCGGCGAAACACUCGCGCGACGAUGCCAGUUACGAGUGCGUGGCCAACACCGACGUCCGGGAAGAAGUGGCCGAUGCCGUGCUCACCGUGCACGAAAUUGAUCCUCCUGGCUUCCCGAACGCGACUCUGAGUCCGUCGACGUCGAAGGUGGUCGAGCUCGGGCAAAGCACGGCGUUGGGUUGCGAAGCGACUGGAAAUCCGAAGCCGCAUAUCGUCUGGCUCAAAAACAUGUACCCCAUCAACUAUACGAAAAACGUCUACAAAACGGAAGAUGGAUCGCUACAUUUCGUGAACAGUGAAGAAGAAGACAACGGUAGAUACGAGUGCGUGGCCGAAAAUAAUUUGGGAUCGCAUUUUUCCAACAGCAUUCAGUUAUAUGUUAAAGUUCGGCGGGUGCCACCGACUUUUACGAUUCCGCCGCCAAGUGUGCAGGAGGUGAUGCUCGGCGCGCCGCUCACCCUGACCUGCGUGGCUGUUGGCUCUCCCAUGCCGAGCGUCAGGUGGCUCAAGGACGAGGGCACCGACCUCACGCCAGAGGACAACAUUCCAGUCGGGAAAAAUGUGCUGGAGCUCAAGGAGGUCAAGCAAACAGCAAACUACACGUGCAUCGCUUCCAGCAACAUUGGCACCAUCGAGGCUAGAACCCUGGUCAAAGUGCAAGCUCUGCCGGGCCCGCCCGUAGACGUGACCAUUUCGGACGUGACGGCGACUUCGGUGCGGCUGUCGUGGUCACACCCAGAGCGCGACGACAUCCGCUACUACAACAUAGAAUACCGAACUAGGGGCUCUGAGUACUUCCUGGAAACGAUCAACGGAAUCAACACCCUGUACUACACGUUGCGCGGUCUCACUCCGUACACCGAGUACGAGUUUUUGGUCACUGCCAACAACGAUGUCGGAAAAGGCCCGCCUUCUUCGCCGGCAAUCAUCACCACCGGCGAGACAGAACCCGGAUCUGCACCGUGGAAUAUUCUGCCGAGGCCUCUGAGUUCGACCACGAUGGUCAUCCAGUGGGACGAGCCUGAAAUGCCCAAUGGCCAAGUGACGGGCUACAAGGUGUACUACACGCACGACCCAAGCCUUCCAAUGACGUCCUGGAAGUUUCAAAUGGUGGACAACAACAAACUGACCACCAUCAGCGAACUCACCCCUUACACCAUCUACACGAUCAGAGUGCAAGCGUAUACGAGCGUGGGCCCAGGCCCAACGUCGCUGCCUGUUCAAGUGAAGACGCAGCAGGGAGUUCCUGGGCAGCCCCAAAAUCUUGAGGCCACAGAGGUAGACGAGACAACAGUUUUGCUCAACUGGAGCAAGCCUCUGACCUCCGGAGACAAUAUCGUCAGCUACGAACUCUACUGGAACGACACCUACGAUAAGGAAAAACACCACCGGCACAUCCCCGUGUCGACGGCGUACCGACUGACCAACCUUUACCCGAACACGCUCUACUUCAUCUGGCUGGCGGCCAAGUCGCAGCGGGGCGAGGGCGCCACCACGAUGCCGAUUGCCGUGCGCACCAAGCAGUCUGCUCCGACCGCGUCGCCGCAGAACGUGACGGCCGUGGCCGAGGGCCCGAGGGCCAUCCGCGUCAGCUGGCAGCCGCCGCCGGUGCAGCAGCAGAACGGCGAGGUGGUGCUCUUCAAGGUGUACCUGGUCAGCAACGCGCAGUCCGACUCGGAUGCCACAGUAAUCAGUGUGAAUGGCUCGGCGCGUAGUCUUUUCAUAGACCAGCUGGCCCAGUACACGGACUACCGCGUGUGGGUGGCGGCCAGCACCAGUGUCGGCGACGGACCCUCCAGCCGCCCACUCAACAUCAAAACCGACGAGGACGUGCCGGGAGACCCGCAGGACGUGAAGGCCAUCAUUCUCAACUCGACCACCAUCAAGGUUGAGUGGCUGCCACCUCUGGAAAAGGACCGGCACGGCGUCAUCAGGGGCUACCACAUCCACGUUCAAGAGGCCAAGGAGGAGGGCAAAUCAAUCAUGACCACUCCGAUCCGCUUCGACAUUCUGGAAAACUCGACUCGCGAGCACAUCGUCAGCGGUCUGCAACCGGACACCAAAUACUCGGUGCAGGUUGCAGCCCUGACCAGGAAGGGCGACGGCGACCGGAGCGAACCCAAAAUCAUCAAAACGCCUGGGGGAGUGCCGAACCGGCCGGCCAUGAACCUGACGGUUAUUGACGAGGAGCCUGCGGCAGGUCUCGCAGUCCAGCUGCACUGGGGCAACCCUUCGCAAACGUACGGCGAGCUGAUCGGAUUCCGGAUCAUCUAUGGCGCCAGAGAGCUGAACAAAAGCACUGAAAUUUUUAAGACUGCCUCUGAACACAAACACAAGUUCCGCGAUUUGGAGCGUGGUGUCGAGUACGAAUUCCGUCUGGCUGGGCAAAACGUGGUCGGCUUCGGCCAGGAGAGCGUCCGUCACUUUUUAACACCAGAAGGUGUGCCAACCGGCUCUCCCUUCAACCUGACGCACCGCUUCCUCACGCCUGACAUCGUUUCCUUGUCCUGGCAUCCGCCGCCACGCAGCAAGCGCAACGGCAAAAUCAACAGAUACGACGUCAGAUUCCAGAAAUUCGGCUCGUCGGAACCCACAAGUCUGCGAAACACCACCACCAAUAAGGCUGUCUUUGGAGAUUUGGAAGAAGGUGCUCAGUACCUUUUCAGCGUUAGAGCUCACACAUCCAAAGGCUCUGGUCCUUGGAGUGAAAAUUCCCAACUCGUCGUGGACAAGGAAGGCGUCCGAGCGCCCCUCGCGGUCAACGCGGCUGCCACUACGGACUCGAGCGUUGAGGUUUGGUGGGAAACCGUGCCAAUUCGAGGAAAGUUGAUCGGCUACCAGGUUUUUUACACCAUGACGCCUGUGGAAGACUUGGAAGUGUGGUCGCAGAAGUCGGUUGGCCUCACCAACUCUGUCGAGCUUGUCAAUCUGGAGAAAUACGCACAGUACGCGAUUGCUGUGGCUGCCAGAACCAAAUCGGGUCUGGGAAAGCUGUCUGAAAAGAUGACUGUGAAAGUGAAGCCUGAGGACGUGCCGCUGAACCUGCGUGUGACCGACACGAGCACGCACUCAAUAGUGCUCUCGUGGUCCCCGCCAAUCCGAUCAAAUCCUGUUAACUACAAGAUCACUUUGGAGUCGACCAAGCAGUUUGUGGACGCGCAGGGCAUCACCCAGACGGCGCAUAUCAUGCCCAGGACCAUCCUCGUGGAAAACAGCGUCACCAGCUACCUGGUCAACGACUUGUCGCCUUUCACCACCUACAAUGUCAACGUCAGUGCUAUUCUCACUGACCAGCAGUACAAACCACCCGCAAAGAUCACCGCUACAACGCAGAUGGCUGCUCCUCAGCCAAUGGUGAAGCCUGACUUGUACGGAGUAGAAAAUGAAGAGAUGAUUCAAGUGAUUUUGCCGCAAGCGUCAGAAGAAUUCGGCCCCAUCAGCCACUACUUCCUGAUUGUGGUGCCUGAGGACAAAUCCAACGUUCACAAGUAUCCUGAUGCCUUCCUCACUGAUGAUUUGCUGGCCGGCAAGGGAAAGAAGGGAGACCGCGAAAACGCUCCAUACAUUGCUGCUAAAUUCCCUCAAAGAAACAUUCCUUACACAUUCCCGUUGGGUACAGGCGAGACGCACGAUGGCUACAUCAACCGGAAGCUCAUUCAAGGGAAGAGGUACAGGAUAUUCGUCCGUGCGGUCGUCGAUACGCCUCAAAAGCACCUGUACACGUCGAGUCCGUUUUCGGAGCCGCUGAGCCUGGACAUGCGUCAGGUUCCACCUGGGGAGCCGCCGCGUCGGCCAAGUCCGGACAUCACAAUCAACAGCUCGAAUGACGUCGGCGUGCAGCCGAGUAAAGCCGAAAUGUGCCUCUUGUGCAUUCUGGGCCCAGUGGCCGCCGGCCUCUUCUUGGCCAUCCUCGUCGUCUUGAUCAUGUUCAGAAGUCGGAGGCGUCGGCCGUGCAAGUCGCCGGAGCAGGCGGCCGUGUUGGCACCGCUGAUGUCCAGUCCUGAAGCCCUGAGCUCGCUGCCCAUCGCCCCAUCGGACCCUGUCGAGAUGAGGAGACUCAAGUUCCAAACUCCAGCCAUGAUGUCCCAUCCGCCAAUUCACAUCGCCGACUUGGCUGACCACAUCGACAAUCUCAAGAAUAACGACAAUCUCAAGUUUUCCCAGGAAUACGAGUCCAUCGAGCCUGGACAGCAGUUCACGUGGGACAAUUCCAACCUAGACACGAACCGCAGCAAGAACCGAUACGCGAACGUGAUCGCGUACGACCACAGCCGCGUGAUCCUGAACUGCAUCGACGGAGUGCCAGGCUCGGACUACAUCAACGCCAACUACUGCGACGGCUUCCGCAAGCAGAACGCGUACAUCGCCACGCAGGGUCCGCUGCAGGAGACGUUCGCCGACUUCUGGCGCAUGUGCUGGGAGGCACGGGCGGCCUCCAUCGUGAUGAUGACCAAGCUGGAGGAGCGCGCCAGGAUCAAGUGCGAUCAGUACUGGCCCUCCAGAGGCUCCGAAACCUACGGCAACAUCACGGUCACCGUCAAUGACACACAGGAGCUGGCCACCUACUGUAUCAGAACCUUCCAGGUGGCGAAAGCGGGAGUGCCGGAGCGGCGGGAAAUGCGACAGUUCCAGUUCACAGCAUGGCCCGACCACGGAGUUCCGGACCACCCGGCUCCAUUCCUGCUCUUCUUGCAGCGCGUGCGGUUUCUCACGCCAAACGAGUGCGGGCCGAUGGUGGUGCACUGCAGCGCCGGGGUCGGACGCACCGGUUGCUUCAUCGUCAUCGACUCGAUGAUCGAGCGCCUCAGGAAUGACAAGAUGAUCGACAUUUACGGCCACGUCACAUGCCUGAGAGCGCAGAGAAACUACAUGGUUCAGACUGAAGACCAAUACAUUUUCAUUCACGACGCUCUGCUCGAGGCCGCCAUGUGCGGCAACACUGAAGUGCCUGCCCGGAGUCUCCAUCAACAUUUGGAGGCUCUGCUGCAAACCGACGUCGGCGAGAGCACCACGGGCAUGGAAGCCGAAUUCAAGAAAUUAUCCACAAUAAGGGUGGACGCGACGCGUUUCGUGAGCGCCUCGUUGGCCUGCAACAAGUCGAAGAACCGGCUGGUGCACAUUCUGCCGUUCGAGUCGUCGCGCGUGAGCCUGCAGCCGGUGCGAGGCGUCGAAGGCUCCGACUACGUCAACGCCAGCUUCAUCGACGGCUACAAGUACCGCGGCGCGUACAUCGCCACGCAGGGCCCGCUGCCCGAGACGGUCGAGGACAUGUGGCGCAUGCUGUGGGAGCACAACUCGACCAUCGUCGUCAUGCUCACCAAGCUCAAGGAAAUGGGCAGGGAUAAAUGUCAGCAAUACUGGCCGAGUGACAGGUCGGUGCGCUACAGUUUCUUUGUGGUGGAUCCCAUCGCUGAAUACAACAUGCCUCAAUACGUACUCAGAGAGUUCAAGGUGACAGACGCCAGAGAUGGUCAGUCGAGAACUAUUAGACAAUUCCAGUUUGUAGACUGGCCGGAACAGGGUGUUCCCAAGUCUGGGGAAGGCUUCAUAGAUUUCAUAGGGCAGGUGCACAAGACCAAGGAGCAGUUCGGACAAGAAGGGCCUAUCACUGUCCACUGCAGCGCCGGGGUGGGCCGAACGGGCGUGUUCAUCGCGCUGAGCAUCGUGCUGGAGCGGAUGCAGUACGAGGGCAUCGUGGACGUGUUCCAGACGGUGCGCAUCCUGCGCACGCAGCGGCCCGCGAUGGUGCAGACGGAGGAGCAGUACCAGUUCUGCUACCGCGCCGCCCUCGAGUACCUCGGUUCGUUCGACCACUACGCCGCCUGAAAAGCAGCAUUUAUUUCCGGCGCACGCGCGGAAAGACACAUACAGACACUUUACAUAAGUACUUGUGCAAGCUGAGAGUCUCAAGCUCGACUUUGGAAAUGAAAAGAUUGAUUUAUUUACAUUACACGCUCGUCCGAUCUUUUUGAUAUUUUAUAAGAAUUCGUCUUUGGUGCCAUUUUCAUGUUGUAUAUUUUUUUCUCUAUUUUGAUUAACGUUUAUAUAUAUUUUUUGGUUCUUCCUGUGAUCAGUCUCGUUUACACACACGUUUUGGUUUCUGGUUUUGAAAUUUGUGCAGCUCAAAAGUCUGGGGAAAGGCACAAAAGUGAUAAUCUUAACUCUCUUAUCGCCACACGCAGUGUCAUUAUAACCGAAAAGCCCGUAAAUGUUAUAAAAGGUGGUCUUCCUCGUUGUCAACCGGUGCAUUUCAUUUCGUUGUGGUUAUUAUUAUUAUGUAUUCACAAGAGUACGUCGGUGUCUGUGAGGUAUAUAAGGUGUAAACUAAUCGACAAACAAACACAAACAAACAAAAACCACCCAGGUAGCUAUAUUGAUCGUGUAAAUACUCUAUCAGGUAAUUAGCAACCUCCGCAACAAACAAGUGCUCACUCUAGUAGAAAACAAACAAAUCCCACACUACCACAUUCGGCGAAAAUGAAUCGAUACGGAACUUUGUUGCGCAGCAAUAAAAAAAUGAUUUUCCAAGCGCUUCGCUGCACGUUUUGUUCGGCUGCUUGAUUCAGUUUUGUGACGAAACACAAUAUUCGCGCUGAAAACGCGAGGACUCACAACUUCCAUUCCACUCGAAACGAAGAAGAAGAAGAAGAAAAACCCAAGAAGAACAAUUUGUAGCGAGUAAGGAUUAAGGCAUCAUUCGGCUGCAUUUUUAUACACCGUGUUUUUGGAUCACUACAAAUUUAUUAGUGUAUGCGUAUUUACGAUGCAAAAGUGCUUUAAUUUUAUCUCACGAUCCUCAGUACUUCAGUAAGGGCCUUUAUUUAGACUUAAAUAUAUUCUAGAAAUGCAUUUCGUUGGAUGAGAAGAAGAAGAAAUAAAGUGACUCUUCUUGUGUAAUUCUAACAACAUUAAAAACUUACUCUAUAAAAAAUUCUUGCCCCUUGUUUAAAAGAUGCGGCAAGAACAAACAAACAAACAAACAUAUUAUUCUGUCAAAGUGAGAUAUUGGCAGGUAAAUAAACAAAUCCAUAAUCAUUA